UGGUCCUACACAGAACCGGGAAAGAAGUCAACAUGGUGCUCUCUGGUGCUGACAAGAAUAAUGUGAAGGCCGCCUGGAGUAAGGUGGGAGGCAACAGCGGUGCCUACAUGUCUGAAGCCUUGCACAGGACCUUCCUCUCUUUCCCCACCACCAAGACCUACUUCCCGCACUUCGAUUUUUUCUCGGGCUCGCCUCAAAUCAGGGCCCAAGGCCAGAAAAUCGCGGACGCCGUGGGCGUGGCUGUGGCCCACAUGGACGACCUGGCCACAGCUCUGUCCUCACUGAGCGAUGUGCACGCCCACGAGCUGAAGGUGGAUCCCGUCAACUUCAAGUUGCUGUGCCACAAUGUGCUCGUGACUCUGGCCUGUCACCUCGGCAAGGAUUUCACUCCCGAGAUCCAUGCCUCCAUGGACAAGUUCUUGGCCUCUGUGUCCACCGUGCUGACCUCGAAGUACCGUUAAGUCUGUGUGGGAGGCCAGAGGUUUCCUCCUCCUCUUCCCCUCCUCCCCCGCCGCCACCACCGUCUGGGCUGAGGCUGCGGGGUCCUCAGUGUCCCUAACCCCAUGCUGCCUCGCACGGACAGAUGGAAGUCUUCGAAUAAAGUCUGAGUCUGCCACAA